AUGAAUCUGGAAAGUUUGCUUCUUCCUUAUUUAUGGGAGAAUAUGGAACGUGCUCAUUCCACUAUAAAUCCGAAUCUUAGAGUUAGAAUCAAUCCAGAGAAUUUGGGUUCGAAAAUCAUGCACGUGUAUGAUUUCCUACCACAAAAAACGAGUCCAAAAUUGCACAUGGACUACUACAGACCAUGGGGUGAAUUGUUACGCAAAAGCGAAGGUGGUGCAUCAACAGUGACAGCUGACAAAAAUCAGUUCCGUGUGGACCUGGAUGUCCAACAAUUCUCACCUGAGGAAAUCAAUGUUAAAGUUGUCGACCGCUUCGUGAUUGUCGAAGCAAAGCAUGAAGAGAAAGAGGACGAGCAUGGUUGGAUUUCCAGGCAAUUCAUGAGGAAAUACAUAAUUCCUGAACAAUGCGACAUCGAUCAAGCGUCCUCGAAACUUUCAUCUGACGGUGUCCUUUCGAUUAUUGUACCACGCAAGCAAAAAGUCAUUUCGGAAGGCGAAAGAGUAAUUAAUAUUGAACAUACUGGGAAACCAUGCGAUGCGCAAAAUGAAGAAAGAAAAGAGAAAGAGGAGGACGUGGAGUAAAUAACUUGAAGUCUUAAUACGGAAUGAUCCAGUGAUUUUUAUCACCUUUACUGUUUCUAGCUCUUAUCGGAAAUAUUUAUUUAGUGUUAUAUGAAAAAAAUUAAAUGUAUUUACGUAUUAAAUACGUCUUAAACGUAUUUAGAUGUGUAUAGCUAUUAUUCGUUGCGCGAAUAUUCAUGUACGUAUAAAGUACAAAAUUCACUGAAUACAUACGAUAUUAUCUAUUAUUUUAAAUAAUUUUAUUUUUAUGUAUGAAUAAGUGUAUUAAUUAUUUAUUUCUAUUUGUCAUUUUGUAAUAUUUUAUAUUUUCGAAUAUCUUUUUAUUUUAUUUUAUUUAUAUCCUUUUAAUAUAUAUCUAUCUCUUUAAUGAUGUGAUGGCAAAUGAUGAUAUUGAUCUAUGUACUAUGUAUGAAAGUUGUACUGUAUGUGUAAAGUUUUAUAAGCGGUGGAUAAUAUAUCGAAAUUUAUUGUAAUUGUAAAACAAAUCUAAACGAUCGUGAAGAAAGUAAAGAAAAUAGAUUUUAUUUUUAUUGCAUUUAUUUGAUAAAUGUAAAUUUGUUUUUUAAUACUUGAAAAUUAUGAUUAGUUCAAAUUAUCAAAUUUAUAAUAGAUUAUAGAUAAUAGAUGUAUGUUAUCAUUAAAAAAAAUAUUAACUCUAAUAGACGUAAUUUUAGAUGUAAUUAUUAUUUUAGAUGUAUUUAUUGAAUAAUAAAUUAAUAUUCAUAUUAAUUAAUAUUAUACAUAUUUUCAUGCUUCAUAAGAAGCAUUUGCAUGUAAAUAGAUGUAAUCAAUAAGAUUAGAUUUAAUGAUAACAGUUAAUGAUUUAUUGCAACAAAUUAUGUUUCAAGAAAAUAUUGUACUUUAUUUUAUCUUUCUCUAUUAUUAAAUAUAUUGGAAUUAAAUCAAAUAAUUAUAUCAAAUAAAUAAUAUUACAUUGUUUUAUUUUUAAUAUGUUGUUUAAUCAUUAAAAUUGUUUUGUAGAUAUCAACAAUUUUUUCAAAUUAAAAAAUAAUGUAAUGUACGAAAUUAAUAAAAUUUAGUUAUUAUUUUGUUAAUUUCAAGAAUAAAUACAAAAUUUUAAAUUUUAUAAUUUUUCUUCACAUUUAUAAAUGUAAAUGAUGUUCUAUAUAAUUUAAAAUAAAUUUGAAAACUAUUUAUUUAUACUAUAACACAUUUUCACAUAAUCCUCUAUUAUAUUUAAAAUUUUUUUAUUUUUCUUAUUGUUUACCAUACGAAUUAUAUAAUUUUCCUUUUUAGGAAAAAACGUUGUCGAAUAUUUUAAUAUACGUUAAUUACAUACAAUUAUAUAUAAUAACAGAAAAAAAAAUAUACAGUUUAUUUUCCAAAUAUUUAUACAUUCAACAUUUAUUGUAAAUUCUAUUCUAAUUUCUAUGAAAUAUAUAAAUAUCAAAAUAAUUUAUUAAGUUCAAAAUUUAAUAACCUUUAAGUGAAAAAUUUUAAGAAAUCAGUAUAUACCCAAUAUGCUUUUAUAAAAUGUUAUUAAUUUUUAUUUAUUAAAUUUAUUAUUAAGUGUUAUAUAAUUAAAGAAUUAUAGAAUUCUAUUAAUAAAAAAUAAAUAGAAUUAAAUUUUUUAUCUUUUUUCUUAUCAUUUUGAAGAUGAUUUAUUGAUAUUUAAAGAUAUGAUUAUUUAUCUGAAAAUUAAAAACAUAUUAUUACUUUUAAGUUUAUGAUAAAGCAUAUUAAACAUAUUACAUUCAUGAUUCAUGACAAAAUAUUGUGCAAUUAUUAUUAUAUUAUUAUAUUAUGCGUAUAUUAUAUACAAUCAUAUCAUAUCAAAAGAUUUUAUAAAAUAUUAUAAUUUAUUUCUAUCAGAAUAUACAGUCGAUUUGACAUCUAAAGACAUUCUUAAGCGGUUUACGUUAAAGAACUUGUUCUUAUAUUAGAAUAGGUAUACAUAGUAACACAGUUUUCAUAGACAGUGGCGUAAAACAUAAAACGUACAUGCUAUGGUUAAGUUACGUUAUAUUGCGCAAGUUGCUAUACAAAACUGAUCUAAGAUACGAAAACGACGAUUGUGUUCAAGGGCAACUCGACAUUUUCCAGGGUCUUCUCGAAUGCGCGCGGUGGUUCUAUCCCCACCAUUUUCCUUAGUGCGCAACAAAUAUGUAUAAAAGAGUACUACCUAGUUGCCGACAGUUGAUGUCGACGUAUGAACGAUAUAACAGUACGACGAUUAAUCAGCUGCAAAUAAAUCAGUAAUUUAUACGCGUUUCAUAAAAUUAAUUACAAAGAUCUAGACCGACCUCAUCGUCUUUGGGAUCAGCAUUUUGGCACAGCAAUAGAUCUAGAUGAUUUUAACGAUCUAGAUUCACUUGGUUCAGAAGUUCUGCUAUAUCGACCACAUAAACGCGGCAGAAGACAUCAUCGUCAUAAUCAUCAUCCAUUUUUGAAGGCUUUCAACAAAAGGCAUGGUCGCGGUACAUCAACUGUUCAAGCUGAUAAAGACAAAUUUCAAGUGACAUUGGAUGUAUCACAAUUUGCACCGGAGGAAAUUACUGUUAAAGUAGUAGAUCAGAAAGUCGUCAUCGAAGCUAAACACGAAGAAAAAAGGGAUGAACAUGGUUGGAUAUCCAGACAAUUUAUCAGAAAAUAUAUUAUACCGUCACAAUGUGAUAUCAAUCAAGUAGAAUCACAUUUGUCUUCCGACGGUAUCUUAUCUAUUACGGCACCAAGAAAAGAACCUUUACAAUCUAGAUCAAAUGAGAGAACAGUGAAGGUACAUUAUACGGGUGAACCAGCUUUGACUAAUUUUGAUGAUUCUUCAAAUGACGUUUCUGAAUCACAAAAAGAACAACAAAUUCCACAACGAGAACAAUCACAAUCACAACAGCAAAAUCAGCAAUUACAAAAUCAGCAACAUCAACAACAUCAGCGUUGUAAAAAGGGCAGUAAAGGUGUAUAAAUCAUAUUCAUUAUUUUUUUAUUUUCAUCUUAAUUAUUAAUUUUAAUUUUUUCCACCACAGUAAACAUAAUUUAUAGUAUUAUAAAACAUUAUAUAAAACUUAUAUGUAUAUUAAACUUUACAUGCACAAGUACAAAAUUAAAGACAUGCAAUAAAUAUUGUAUUAAUUAUUUCUUUAAUAAAAUAAUAAAGAAACUUUAUUUGAUUUAAA